AUGGCUCCACGACGGAAGAGGAAGGCUAAGGCAAAGAGAUGGACCCAUAAAAAGAAGCGCAAGGCACCUCCAGUGCCUUCUCAAUCGCCCUCUGGAGACUCUGACGACUCUGACGACUCUGACGACUCUGACGACUCUGACAACCCUGGACCCCGCCUCUUCCCACGGAGAUUUUCGGAAAUCUUAUCUACGAUCAAAUUAUCCGGACAUUUUGUGACGAGGGACAGUUAUGAACAAACUGCCGACCUUAUCAGACAAUUCGGAGAAGAGGCGCGCACAAUUCGACAUGAAACUCGCCGACUACGGCACGAAGAUCAUGUAGAACGCCGAGAGGCGAUAAGAGAUCGAAAUAUAACCCAUACCGAGAACCAGCUGGAUGCUGGAGUUAGCUUGUCCGAUAUUGAGCUUGAAUCAGUGAGCUCUGACUCCGUGUUUGACUCUGAGUCGGCCUUAGAUACAGCGAGCAACUCCAGUUCUGCUUCGGAAGAAAUUUCUGACGGAAGCUCGCAGCCUGGACCACCUCCUGAUCGUGAAAUAGAACGGAGUUCAAGCGCAGAGGGAGAUAUCUGGUAG